AUGGCGAACAUCCUUGCGAGACAUGUCAGUGGUAUCGGAAGACAGCUUCUUGCUAUUAUACACAGCCGCGACAGAGACAAGUACCUACGCGGAGUCGAGAAGAUCUCACAAACACUUCAAGAUUAUCGAGGUGUUCUGCAAAAGCUCUUUCCAAACAUGCAUCCAGAUCAACUCCGAGAAAUGUCAAGAGACAGCCUUGUUGAGCUCAUCUCGAAACGGAGUCCAUGUCAUCCACCUUCUCCUCGGACGCCUAGCGUGGAUGAGAAGCCCCAUCUGGUAAACCCGGAAGCAGGCAGCCUCGAACAGCUCCAACCCAUGCCCGAGGAGGGCAGUGAAGUCCUUGAUCAAAGAUCGACGCAGCUCCGAGGGAUGACGGACGACGUGAGUAUACUCUCAAUGCACGUGAAACAGAAUCCCUCUUACCUCGGUAUUUCUUCUGUGAUGGCCGUCCUGAGAGUCAUCACAUGGCUGAAUCCUGAUUGUCUUUCCGAUCCACCGGAUCAAAACGCCCUCAUGAGUCGAGAUGGCGGGUCUUCCCCCAGUCAUCAACUCACAGAGAGUGGGACAACGCCUGGGGAUACGUCCUCCUCAACGGCUUGGGAUGAAAUACCCCUUAUCAAUGCCUAUUUCACCUAUGUACACCCAUUCAUUCCCCUUCUUGAGGAACAGUCGUUCAGGGACACCUACAUGGCCGCUAGCAGAACGGAUACGGGAUGGCUUCUGCUUCUUAACGCAGUACUAGUCAUGGGUAGCAUUGCCAACUCGUCUGCCGAGGAUACUGCCCACCUGAUCUAUUAUGAACGAGCAAAACAGUAUCUCACCAUUGAGGUAUUAGACUCUGCGCAUCUGGAGACUAUUCAAGCGUUGGCUAUCCUGAGUGGCUUUUACCUACACUAUGUUCAGUCUCCUAACCAAGCGAACUCGCUCAUGGGUUCCACGCUGAAACUAGCCACCACGCUGGGACUCCAUCGCGAUUAUUCAGAGGGAGUAGGUCCAGCAAAGGCCGAGAAGGCAGCCUAUUCGAUUGAGAUGCGACGCCGAGUAUGGUGGUCUACAUUCAUGCUAGACACAUGGGCCGGGAAUUCUUUGGGAAGGCCCAGUAUGGGUAGGUUGAGCCCUGCCAUCACAGCCAAAUUACCGCAAGAGCCCAUCGGCCAGUCUCACACACUGCUUUCCCUGGUACGGGAAAAUAUACGUUUCUGCGAGAUCAGUACGAGAAUGGAAGACGCCCUUGCGUGCUCGCCUCUUCUCGAGGAGACCGAACGCCGCGAUCUAGAAGCAAUGUACUGCGAAUGGUUCAAGCAUUCUUCAGUUGCACCUGCAUCACCACGUUCAACUACAGCUGACCCACCUGGGACCACCACGCUCAAGAACGUUAUGAGAUGGCGUUAUUACACCAAUCGCAUUUAUCUGCAUCGGCCGGCUCUUCUGUGGUAUGCAAUGCGCAGAAUGAAGUGGGAGAAUCUCUCCUCAGAGAAAAAGGCUGCGAUCGAACUAUGCCGCGAAGCCUGUGCUGAUCUGAUCAACGACAUCGCCACAACUUGGAGAGGCCAAAAACCUUGCCAGAUGGCAGGGUGGAAUGCUAAUUGGCUAAUGUAUCAGGCAGUCAUGGUGCCCUUGUUGAGUCUUUACUCUGAUACAUCGGACGCUACCGUGGUCAGCAGUAGUCAGCAGCAAGUCGAGACUGCGAUGGCCACAAUGAGGGACCUUCAGAUGUGGUCAACAACUGCGAAGAGAUCUCUGGAGGUUGUUGUGCGACUGUACGAGUCGAGCAAGCACAGCGACGGCGCACUUGGCCCUUCUGCCUCGUCCGAGGUGCUGGACGUGUGUGUACCAAGCAACAUGACACCCAAGUCAACGUCUGAUACACUCCCUCAGCAACAGCAACCACACCAACAGCAGGAGCAGCAGGUGCAAGCCCAGUCCCAGUCACAAUCACAAUCAGAAUCAGGAUUCCGCCCCUCUUACAUUGAUGUUUCUUAUGCCAAUACGUACGGUGCCACUACCGCACAGCCACUCAGCACCGCGGGCCAGGAGGUCUACAUGGACAACAUGUUUGAUACUAUACGAUGGAGUACGAGUUGGGACAGUCCUAUGGGCGGCCCACAGAUGAGUCACGGGUGGGAUUACAAUUCCAUGCAGCAUUGGGCUGGCAUGCCCCAUGCUGACGAGUAUUUUGACGUGGGUGGAGGAUUCAACGAAGAUCAGUCGCAGUUGGGAUUUGAUCUUGACAUGCAACAGACGCAAACCCAAGCGCCUACGUCGAUCCCAAGUGAGAUGAUGCGACGAGGACAAUAUGGACAUGAAAAUAUGGCAGGAGGGAUACGACAUCGGUCGUUGUGA